GGCUGCUGCCGCUGAGCUGCCCGCUCCUGCUGAGGGGAAGAGGAGGAAACAUGAGCUCCAGGAAAGUGAUGGCCAUCCAGGCCAGAAAAAGGAGGCCGAAAGGGAAGAAAGACAGAACGGGUCCCCAUCGUAGGCCUGAGACCCAGCAGAAAGCCCCGGUGAGUGCCCCUCCUCCCCCGCCGCCCCCUCCGCCUCCCCCUGAGCCGGCAGGGCCCCCGGAGCCGGAGGAGGAGAUCCUGGGCUCCGAUGAUGAGGAGCAGGAGGACCCCGCGGACUACUGCAAAGGAGGGUACCAUCCGGUGAAGAUCGGGGAUUUGUUCAACGGGAGGUACCAUGUGAUCAGGAAGUUGGGGUGGGGCCACUUCUCCACCGUAUGGCUAUGCUGGGACAUACAAGUGAAGAACUUUGUGGCGAUGAAGGUGGUGAAAAGCGCCCAGCAUUACACAGAGACGGCUCUGGAUGAGAUCAAACUGCUGCGAUGUGUGAGAGAGAGCGACCCCGGCGACCCCAACAAGGACAUGGUGGUUCAGCUGAUAGAUGAUUUCAAGAUCUCUGGAGUCAACGGCAUACAUGUGUGUAUGGUGUUUGAAGUGCUGGGUCACCACCUGCUGAAGUGGAUUAUUAAAUCCAACUACCAAGGUCUGCCACUGCCAUGUGUCAAGAGCAUUAUCAAACAGGUACUGCAGGGUCUGGACUACCUCCACACUAAAUGUAAAAUCAUUCACACGGACAUCAAGCCAGAGAACAUCCUGAUGUGUGUCGACGACGCCUUCGUUAGGCGUAUGGCCAUGGAGGCGACCGAGUGGCAGAAAGCUGGAGCCCCUCCACCGUCUGGAUCAGCAGUUAGCACAGCCCCCCAGCUGAAACCGGUGAGUACAACAGAUGUGGGGAAGAUCUCCAAGAACAAGAAGAAGAAGCUGAAGAAGAAGCAGAAGCGGCAGGCAGAGCUGCUGGAGAGGCGGAUGCUUGAGAUCGAGGCUCUGGAGAGGGAGGCGGAGAAGAAGGAGGAGAGAGCCAAAGACGGGGGAGAGAAAGGGGAGAACGACAGCGACCGGUCUUCCCCCCUGCAGCCGCCGCCACCGCAUCUGGGCCCCAGCAUGGCUCUGGGAGAGAGCGACGAGGAUGAUGACGACGACGACGAUGGGGAAGACGAGGAGGAGGAGGGAGGAGAGAGGGAGAGGGAGAGAGAGAGGGACAGAGAGAGAGAGAGGGAGAGGCCCAUCAGGUUGACUAAUCAUACAUGCGCGGCGCCUCCCCAGGAGCAGAGCGAGGCACCCCACAUCUCGGAUGAUGACCCUGAUGAUGAAGAGGUGGAGGAGGAGGAGGAGGAGGAGGAGGAGGAGGAGGAGGAGGUGCCCACGCCUCCCGCUGAAAAAGAUAGCCCCAAUCCCCCAACCACAGGGGAAGGAAAUGUAGAUCCAACACAAGCAGAGGUAGAGGACAAGGAGGGGGAGGAGGAGGAGGAGGGAUUAAAAGCUGCAGAGGCUGAGAAUGAGGCGGAGGAGAAGGCAGAGGAGGAGGAGGAGGAGGAGGAAGAAGAAGAAGAGGAGGACGAGGAGGAGGAGGAAGAGGAGGAGGAGAAAGACACUGAAAGAGUGGAGAAUGAGACACAGGAGCCAAAGAGUGAAAGCAAAACAGAGGAGGAGGCAGUGGUAGACGAAGAGGAGUCAAAGGAGCAGGAUGGGGAGGAUGAGGAGGACGAGGAUGAUGAUGAUGAGGAGGAAGACGAGGAGGAUGAUGAGGAAGACGAGGACGACGGCACGACCACGGAACUCCUCAAGAACCCCACCUCCCCCGUCAAACCCCAAAACAACAAGAGCAAUUCGGCCAAAACCAACGGUCACAUUUUGUUGGGAUCUGAGGGACUGAAACCGAACCCCUGUAAUCCUCCGCCCCCCUCGCCGACCCCCGAGACUCUCAUCUGCCCCCUGGUGGAGUCUGAGCUCAGCUACACGGACAGGGACCACUCUCUCAGCUCCGCCUUUGAGAUGCACAACGGCGAGCAGGGCGAGCUGGGGCUGACCAACGGGGGCAGUGAACGCCACGGGGCCAUCAUGCCUCUCUUCCCCGACUUGCCCCUCGAUCCUGUGCCGGGAAACCCCAUUUCCAUUGGAACAGUAGACAUUGGAGCAGGCCCGUCACCCAACAGCCCCACCGCUGACCGCAGUCGUACUGUGUCGUCCUCAAGCACGGGAGACACACCCAAAGUCAGGGCCAGAGCUGCAGAUCUCCUGAUCAACCCACUCGACCCGCGCAACUCCGAGUCUAUUCGAGUCAAAAUCGCUGAUCUUGGAAAUGCCUGCUGGGUGCACAAGCACUUUACAGAGGACAUCCAGACGAGACAGUACCGUUCCAUUGAAGUCCUGAUAGGAGCUGGUUACAGCACCCCUGCAGACAUCUGGAGUACUGCCUGCAUGGCCUUUGAGCUGGCUACUGGAGAUUACUUGUUUGAGCCCCACUCUGGGGAGGACUACUCCCGUGAUGAGGACCAUAUAGCCCACAUCAUAGAGCUGCUGGGCUGUAUUCCGAGGCACUUUGCGCUCUCCGGAAAAUAUUCCCGGGAGUUCUUCAACCGAAGAGACCACAUCGCUCUGAUCAUGGAGCUCCUUGGGAAGGUCCCACGGAAAGUGUUCGCUGCCGGGAAGUACAGCCGAGAGUUUUUCUCCAAGAAAGGUGAGCUUCGGCACAUCACCAAGCUGAAGCCGUGGUCGCUGUUUGACGUGCUGGUGGAGAAGUACGGCUGGGCGCAUGAAGACGCCGGCCACUUCACGCACUUCCUGCUGCCCAUGCUGGAGAUGGUGCCCGAGAAGAGGGCCUCGGCGGGCGAAUGCCUCAACCACCCUUGGCUCAGCUCGUAGCCACAAUCUCCGAUCAGACGCCCCUCCUCCCCGUUGUCCCCCCAAACAGUUAGCCAAAACAUCGCCCCCUGGUGGAAAGGCAGCCGGUGGAACAACAGCACGGAGAGAAGCUGGAGACAAACAGUCAGAGUAGAUGAUUAAGACGUAUUCUUUCCUGACCUAACCCUCGCAUCCAUUACAUGCUUAUCUGAGGGGGCUUAAGUCCCACGCUAGUCCCUCAUCUAUUCCCAUAAGGAAUGUAAAGACAAGCUUACGGAGAUUACAUGACAUAGUAGCUGUGUCUUCCAAAAACAUCUCCCAAAAAGAUCAUUUGAAGAUGGAUGCUGCUCACGUAAAAAGGUAGACGUCGGGCUGUGCUUUCUCCUGCCGUCAAGAUGUCAGCCGGUCCCUUCCAUCGAAUCUCCCCCGAAUUCUCAGUUUUACCCUGUUCGGAUCCAGUCAUGGACCACUGACAGCCGCUGAUCUUUUCAACGACGUGAAGGAAAAGUGAACGAGGAGCUUCAUCUGCCAUGACCUUUACAUAGGCAGGUCCUCAAAGUUAGUGUGUUCUUUAGAGAGAUAAUGAGCGCAUGUGCCUGAGCUCAAGAUCUGCCUACGUAGACCCUUCUCCUCUCUCUCCAGCCCUGUUGCCCCUCCCUGCCUCCCUCACCUUGCUAUGGAGGUGAGCACCCACAUCGGACUAAAAGUUUACACCUUGAUUUCUUCCAAAAAUCAAAUCCCCAAAAGCCCCUCCUCACUGUUUGGUCCACUUACCACCCCCCCACCCCCUCUCCUAAACGAGCUGCAUGCUCCUGCUGGCGGAUGGGCCACCUCAGAGAUCUGGAGGGCAGCCAGUCCUCCAGGGGGCACCACACUGACAGUUGCCACUCUGACAAAGACAGACAAAGAAAAUGAAGCGGGAUGAGCUAAAUACAGAAAUACAAUCAUUUAAACACGAAAGGAGGAACGCUUGGUCUUUGAAGACUCUUUUUAAAAUGCAUGGGGAGACUGAUGGAUCAGCAUGAACGGAUACGACAAACGGACGAUGGCUGCGUUAUUUUAUUUGUGCAUUCUGCUGGUUCCUUUCCCGUUUCAUCACCUCUUUUGGACAUUCUGUUAGACAGAAGUGUGUUAGGAUAUUUUGGUGCCCCCUCUGAGGGAAGCUGACUAUGUUACAACCUCUUUUGACAUUCCUAAAUCGUGGCCCUCUGCCAUCAUUCCUGACUUUUAACCCCGAGAACAAUUCCGUGGAGUCCUGUUGUGGCACGUUUACCUGAUCUGAUUGGUACUAUUCCCCCUUUUUCCCCCUCCUAUAGAGGAGCCCUUUGAUCCCUGAGCUACUCCAGAAAGGGGACUGUCACAUGGAGGUUGCACUUGUCUUUGUAGAUGUCCUUCAGGGAUUUGAAACCUUUGUACAUAGAACUGAGAUCUUGCAAACGCAGAAAAGCGACAGUGGACAAAGUUUCAACAUACAAGCAUCAUUCCAAAAAAAAAUAAACCAGAGGCUGUUGUUGGCAUAAUUUUGACUUCCUCUGAUACAGUUGGGGGGGGGGGGGAUGUUGGGCCGCCAUUGCUCCGACCAUGGAGGAAUGUUCAGACUGAACUGUGCCACCUAGUGGCUGAGUGAGAGUACUGCAUUGCCACACACUGCUGCUGCUCUCAGUGCCAACGCUCCAAGGUGUUCCACUAUAUCUCUCCACUUAAUCUCUAUUUCUGUCUCGCACACACACGCACACACACACACACACACACACACACACACACACACACACACACACACACAGACAACCUCGCAUCAUCACAAUUAGUCCAGUUGCCUAUUUUUCGCAAUAAAUGAAAAAAGAUGACUAUAAGUAAAUGGUGAGAUAUUUUUAAAAACUAUUUAAUUCAUUAAAAAAAAGAGGAAAAAAAAAAGAAAACAACUUUUCUCUGGUUGUUGUGACCGUGACAGAAUCUCGUCUUAUACUGAGGUGAUUGUGUUUGUCUUUUAGAGAUGUUUUUAUUUCUUUUGUCAUCAUUAUUAUUAUUAUUAUAUUAUUAUUAUUAUUGAAAGAUUUUUUUACACAGUUGUCACCUCUCCCCUCCCUCCUUACUUGAACAGUGCUGCUCUGUCUGGGCUCUUGAUGGUGAUAAAGAAAAAAAAAAAAAAAAAACAGUUUUGCAAUAAAGGGUAUGUGAUGAGUUUUUUUUGCACCCAAAUCUCCUGAUCUCACUCUUUCAGCCAUGCUGACUGUUCUUCCUGAUGACAUUGACAGAAUAGCGUCUCUUGUCUGUGUUUUUCAUUGACAGAUUUAAUAAAAUUGUAAAUUAAUGGAUCCCGUUGU